CAUUCAACCUCCCAAUCACUCACCUGCUGCUCCUCCAGCUGCCUCCUCCUGCGCUGUAGGAGGCGCUGCUGAGCGGCAGACUGUGAUCCAACAGACUGGUAUCGAGCCGCAGACUGAGUCUGGACAUGGUCCUGGUCUGGAGGGAGGAGACGACCUGCGGCUCCGAGUCCGACGACAAGUAGCUGGAGCUGGAGGAGAAAAGAAUCUAAAUUAUUCAAAUCCAAUAUCUACCAGCUGAAAUUGACAGAAAAUAAAACGACAGUUGACAAACAGAAGGAAGCAGUGAAGCUCAGCUCCUCGGGUUUGAUCAGCUGAUCAGACUCAGCGUAUUUACACCAUCAUGAUAAACACACAGGAAGCAGCCGAAUGGAACAGGACACACACAGAUCAGUCCAGCCCCAACUCUGCAGAUGAAACUGAUGGAGACACAGAGGACACCAGCGGGACAGGAAGGAGACACAGAGGACACCAGCGGGACAGGAAGGAGACACAGAUGACACCAGCGGGACAGGAAGGAGACACAGAGGACACCAGCGGGACAGGAAGGAGACACAGAGGACACCAGCAUGACAGGAAGGAGACACAGAGGACACCAGCGGGACAGGAAGGAGACACAGAGGACACCAGCGGGACAGGAAGGAGACACAGAGGACACCAGCGGGACAGGAAGGAGACACAGAGGACACCAGCGGGACAGGAAGGAGACACAGAGGACACCAGCGGGACAGGAAGGAGACACAGAGGACACCAGCGGGACAGGAAGGAGACACAGAGGACACCAGCGGGACAGGAACGAGACACAGAGGACACCAGCGGGACAGGAAGGAGACACAGAGGACACCAGCGGGACAGGAAGGAGACACAGAGGACACCAGCGGGACAGGAAGGAGACACAGAGGACACCAGCGGGAGAGGAAGGAGACACAGAGGACACCAGCGGGAGAGGAAGGAGACACAGAGGACACCAGCGGGACAGGAACUCACCACCAGCUGCAGGUGGGGACAGAAGUCUGAAGGGUUCACAGCAGAUUACCCAGCAUCCCUCACUGCCACACAAUUAGAGACUUUCUGAUCACUUCCCUGUUGUGUUUUUGAAUAAAGAACAAUGAACUAUA